ACAUACACACUGACUAGCCGAACUUCGCUUUUGUUUUUCUUCUGGACGCAUAUAUGUGUUAAUAUAACAAUGGAAAAUAGCUCAAUUUAGAUUCACACAAAGAAUGUUUUUUGGGAGGGGGGGUUCAACAACACAAGGGAAUCCCCUUGUAGGGGAAUCUCCCCCCAGAUUAGGGGCGGUAGUCAAGCCAAUUGUCUCUCGCCCCAAGUCCACCCGAACCGACUAGCUUGGUGCGACCAUUGACGGCUGGAAACUGAACACAACGACCAGUUCCGUCUACUACUAGCCUACUACAUGCAAAUCAUAGCAGAGGACCUCGCCUAGUCUUUCCCACUAUUACCGAGGAUGGCGUCCGAACCUUUGGAGAUGAAUGGAGUUGCUGACGGAGAGACAGAGGACCCAUCGCGGGGCUGGCGAUACGCGCGGCGGCCCAUAAACAUGAACACCUACGCCAACAAGAAGAGUGCGGUGGAAAGCAUGCUGGACGUGGCUCUGUUAAUGGCCAACGCCUCCCAGAUGAAGGCCGUGCUGACACAAGGCCCUGCCUUCACCUUCUACACACCUCUCAUUAUACUGCUGAGCAUCUCGCUCAUCCUGCAGAUCGUUGUGGGCAUUCUACUUAUCUUCAUCGUGAAGUGGAACCUGAAUGACACGACCAUGCACUACAAGCUUAACAUCCUAGAGAACGUCAGCACGGCACUCGUCUUCCUCAUCGUCGUCGUCAACGUCUUCGUCACCGCCUUCGGAGUCCAUGGACCCGUUACCAAGGAAUGACCCCUACUCGCAACUCCUCCCCCCCCCCCCACCCCAUCAGAGUGUUCUCUAUAAACACGUUGGGCAUUUGGCUCGUCCUCCCUUUUGAUAAACAUUGGGUGUAAACAUCGGGGAAACAAGGAGGAAGGUUAAGUGGCUCUCUGGAAUCGGCCCCAGGGUUGGUCUUCCUUCAGUUCUCAGGUCUAUGUCCAGGAAUGACUUUUAGAAAAUACAGGCGAGAGAGGCAUUCUGCUGUGUGGCAGUCGAUCAAUACGUAGACUGAUAGAAAUGAAAAGAGAAAUCCGGUGUAAAAUGGAUCUGGGAUAUGUUUAGCAUAUAGACGCAUUCAGGAGUUGGCUGUUUUUAGCUGAUUCUACCAAAACUGUAUAAACUUGGAACGAUAGGGGCAUUGAUGACUUUGUAAGCACAGAUUGUUUAUUAAAAAGGACAUUUUAUACACACAAUACCAUCAGUAGUGCCCCCGGUGACGCCAUCUUGUCUAUAAGACUAGAUGGGUGAACAAAGAGCUUGCGUGUUGUAGACGGAUGUCACAAGCUCUGUGUUCGCCAAUCUACCUAUGGUUUAAGACCCUUAUUAUGCUACCAAAGAAGUGUCUGGCUACUUCUAGCCUUAUAAGUGGUUUAAAAUAGUGAUUUCGUUUUUAGCAUGAGACAUGCCCCUAUCGUUUCAAGUUUAUAACGUUUUUGGUAGAAUCGGCUAAAAACAGCCAACUUAAGAAUGCGUCUAAUUGCGCUUUUUUGCUCCCAAACGAACAUUCCAACAAGUUAUCAUACCAAACAUAUCACAGAUCCAUUUUACAGCAAAUUUCUCCUUUAAGGUAAUGGCCAGAUUAGUAGGCUGUGCUUUUGGUUGCCUUGUCUAAUAUAUUCUACAUAUCAGAAGCAUAUAAUGUAAGUAACAGAGGCCCUAUUCACAAAAUAAAAUACAAUAAUUAUGGUGGCAUGGGCCUCUUGAGAGAAUGAGUGUACCAUCAUGUCUUUGGUAGAAAAAAAGUGUUAAAUGUCUUAUGAAAACAAAGAAACCACUGCUUUAAUCCAAAGUCAAUGUCAGAGCUCGCAAUUCAUUAGAAUUUGUAUGAUUUUAUUAUUAUAACACUUUUCAUAACUACAAUUGGGCUCAGGAUGGGAGUUAAUCUCCCUAUAACGCCUAGCAUGAGGCCUUGUCACAGGAGACAACAGCUUCAUGUUGGAGCUGGCAAUCACAAUCCCAAUGUUUACAGUCAAUCAUGAAAACAGAACAUAAAUGCUGAGUUCAUAAAAGCACUAUGCAAAGAUUAAUUUAGUGAUGUUUGAGUUUUAUAGGUAUUAUUAUUUUAUAUGCACGUCAUACACUGUUGACCUCUUGUACUCAUUUGAAGGACCAAAUUAUUAGCAUUUUUUUACUGUUGCGAUAUUUUCUUGAGUUUGUUGAACAAAUGCAGUUAUAGGAGUGACAAAAUAAAUGGCAAAAAAUAAA